AUGGCGGCGAAACAAUCAGUGAAUUGGUAUACUUGGGGAUGCGCCCUUUUUGCGGCGGUCGGAUCAUUGUUAUACGGUAUCGACUCUGGUGUCAUUACCACUGUAAUUGCACAGGAACACUUUAGCGAGUAUUUCCAUCCCUUCACGGCCGAUAUCAAGGGUGCCGUCGUUAGCACAUUCAAUGGCGGCGCAGUCUUUGGUGUCUUCUUCGCAGGAUGGAGCGCAGACUACCUCGGCCGUAAGAAGACCAUCGCCAUCGCAUCUGUCAUCGCUCUGAUUGCCGGUAUCAUCCAGGCCGCCUCCGUUCACAUUGGUAUGCUCAUUGCCGGGCGUAUCGUGGGAGGUUUCGCCGUUGGUAUGAUGAACAUGACGAUCCCGAUUUACAAUUCCGAGAUUUCGCCCCCCGAGAAGCGUGGUAUGAUCGCAGGUCUACAUGCUCAGUUUGUUGGUUUUGGUUUUGCUGCUGCCAAUUGGGUUGGGUUCGGGUGCUCGUAUGCGUCUGGUCAGUUCCAAUGGCGCUUCCCGUUGGCUUUCCAGUGUCUCCCGGCCCUUAUUGUUAUGUUCGGCAUCUAUUUCCUUCCCUACUCCCCACGAUGGCUGCUCGAGCAUGACCGCGACGAUGAGGCCCUGGCUGUUAUCCGACGUCUGCACGGCAACAUCGGCCAUGAUGACAGCUUCUUCCUCGCUGAAUACAACCAGAUGCGGGAGCAAAUUCGCUACGAAAAGACAGUCAACAAGGCCGGCUGGCGCGAGGUUUUCAGCACUGCUGGAAACAGGAAGAGAGUCAUGCUUGCUGUGCUUGUGCAGGUUUUCACGCAGAUGAGUGGUAUCAAUGUCGUCAACUACUUCCAGACCGACCUCUACAAGGGUCUGGGAAUGACAGGCCACAUGCCUACACUUCUGGCAGGAAUCUACGGUCUGGUUGGCCCUAUUGCCAAUGUGAUUUGCCUUUACUAUGUUGAUACCUGGGGACGCCGUAAGACGCUCUGGAUCACCGGUCUUAUCAUGGCUCUUGACAUGGGUCUCGUCAUGGGUCUAUCUGGUGGCUAUGGAUCUUCGCAAAACAUGGUCGCGAAAGGCUUUACGAUCGCUUUCAUCUUCUGCUUCACUGCAAUCUACUCUCUGGGCUACAACUCGAUCCAUUACAUUUACGUUCCUGAAAUCAUGACCAUGGCAGUUCGUGCCAAGGGCUCUGCAAUUUCCGUCGUGUCCAACGUCCUCAUCAAUAUCGUGUUCAACCAAGUCUCCCCGAUUGCCUUCAAGCAGGUUGGCUACAAGUACUAUUCGCUCUUCAUCUGCACCAACCUUGUGGGCGCCAUCGUUGUGUACCUGCUCUUCCCUGAGACCAAGGGCAAAUCGCUUGAAGAGAUUGCCGAAAUCUUUGGAGACGAGGUUGUUGUCGCGGAUCUUGACAAGACCCAAGCGAAGAUGGCGGAUACCUUGGAAGAAGCGGAACAGGUAGAGCAUCGCAAUGCACAGAAGUGA